UCCGUGGCUCCUUCCAAGUCCGGCCUGGCUCUGGGGUUCCCCCGAAUGCACAGCGGAAGCCCGGCAAAUGCCGGCUGCAGACAUGGAGACAGGAGGUGAGGAAAGGAAAUGCCUCCAGGCCCCCCCCCCCCACCCCCCCAGCUCAGCUCGGGCUGGCGGGCAGCACGGCCCCGCUCCUGUGCGACGCCAGGCCGCUGGCCGUGCGGACACUGCGUUUCUCAGCCUGGGGCACCGCAGCCAAACUGCUCCUACUCCCUUGGGAAGCACCUUCCACGGUCGCCUGCCUGCGCACCUGCCGAAGGGAGCGGAGUUCGGGUUCAGGAGCGGUGGGUGUGUGUGAUCAGAGGAAGACACGGAGGCUGGGACAGGUGCAGGGACUCCCCCGGGGCCACACAGUCGGGGCGCAGGCGGCUUUCAGCCCCGCCGGUGCUGCCUCCCCAGGCCCUGCGCGGGCGCUCCGGCCACACGUCCUGUGUUCGGCUGUGUGCGGCACAACUUUGCCCAGGGGCUCCUCCGGGGGAGCAGACGGUGAGCGCUCACCCACCCUCGCCAGCCCCCAGCACGCUGCCUGGCACAGACUCACUUCCCGAUUGGAUGCACGGGGCAGGGGGCAGGACAGUGACCGAACCAGUGAGCUGAGAUCCCCCCAGGAAAGCCGGUUAAGCAUCAGGAUCCAGCCCUCUCCCCGCAAGAUUCUCACUCAGGAAUCUGCCUUUUAAGCAAGUGCCUGGGCCGUUCUGGUGCCCAGGACCCAGACCGCCCUCUGAGAGGCCCAGAGACCAGAAGAGGGUACGGGGCAGGGCACUUGUCCCGCGUUCUGGGGGCAGCGGGGACAGCACUGAAGGUGUUGGAGCCUGGCCGGGAGCAGCCAUCCAGAACGGCGCUUGUGAAGAUUGCUUCCUUGCCUCGUGAUGUCUUCCUCCUCUCUCUUUUUAUUUUUUUAUUUUUUUGUCACCGACACUGAUGAACAAGACAGAUUCAUGACAAACACCAGGCCGCAGCCUGGGGCUGCCGGUUCACUGCCCGGUGUUGCUGCCUCCCUGACAGCAGGCGGGCUGAAAUGCCCUUCCAAAAUGGCUUGUUAGCACAGUUAGCCCUUUGUCCGGGGCUCUCCUCUGCCGUAAUUGGGCCUUGACUCUGCUGCACUUCCUGGCCUCGGAACUGUGAGCUGUCAGGCAAGGCUGUGAAUCCGCGGAAUAGACAGCGGGGCUCGUUCUUCCCAGGCAUCCCGCCCCGUGGGCACACGCGGGACCCCAAAAAGCAGGCAAGCAGGAGGGGGCCGCCCACGAGACAAGACGAGGUCUCCCCCCACCCCUCCCCGACCCAGGGGUGUGGGCAGAACCCUCUGCCUUCGCUGCGUGUCCCUGCUGUCGCGCCGGGCUCGCCACCAACCCUGUUACCACAAGGGGACAAUGACAGCGGCUUCUAGCUUCGUGCCUCAUCGCCCUGCAUGGAUUUUAGAAGAAGGCUCGUCUGGAGCCACGUGGAGAAUAACCCGCCAGAGGGGGGUCUCGGUCUACCUUCGAGGACCCCCGUGAUCGCAUCGAGCCCCCACGCAUCGCGCGGAACAGCCUUGCUAUGGCAAAGCGGGCUGGCGAGCAUCUCUGGGGUGAAGGACGGACCCUGCCAGAGGCGGGUGUUGCAAACAGAGGCGGCCUCGGCCUCGGGCCGGUGCCCGGCGCCCGGGACCCACGCGGAAACUGGACCCUCCGGGCGGCAGCUGAGGCAGGACCCUGCUGGGGUUUGGCCGGAGGACAGAGUCACUGCCAGAGAGUGCGGGGGCCGAGAGGAAACUGGGAAGGGCCCCGCUUCCCUGCCCUGGCCUCGUGGGUCGGUCCGGCCGGUGCCCUUGAACGGCCGUGGGGCGAGCUGGCCAGGGAAGGCUCGAGUCCAGCCGAGGCCGGGAGCCGCUGGCCCGGACCCCCUCGUCCUCCGUGGCCGCUCUGACCCCCUUCCUCGGGGCCCAGAGUCCCGUCAGAAACAGGACGCGGUUCCGGCCUCGUCCUCGAGACAACUGUCCACGGCGGCUCCCUUGGCAGCCGACUCCCCCGAUGGCCGUGACCUUCCAGAGGAGCUGGAGGUCAGAGGCAGCGAGACCCGGUCCCGCCGUGGGGACAGACGCUCGCGGUACGCCCUCCAUAUGGCUCGGUAAUUUGGGAUUUCUCACACGUCUCCGGGGAAGGCUGGAGGGGUUUGGCUGUGUCUCCUACGGCUUUGCAGCCUGUGUCUCUUCUCAUCAAUAAAAGAUUGGGUUUAC